CGCUCUCCCAUGAAGCCGGCCUACUCUCUCAGUGGUCCAGGGUGACUGAACUUCCUUCCGGUGUGCUAAGCGUGGCCGGAAGUGCUGGUUUUUAGUAGCUGUGAGGGUAAAAGGGUGUGGAUAUCUGCAGCGAGGGGCUUGCUGAGAUACCCUGGUUCUCGCGGCUGUGCAAGGAAUCAACCGCCACCAUGUCGAGCAAAAGGGCAAAGACCAAGACCACCAAGAAGCGCCCUCAGCGUGCCACCUCCAACGUGUUCGCCAUGUUCGACCAGUCGCAGAUUCAGGAGUUCAAGGAGGCCUUCAACAUGAUUGACCAGAACAGGGAUGGCUUCAUCGACAAGGAGGACCUGCAUGACAUGCUGGCCUCACUGGGGAAGAACCCCACCGACGCCUACCUGGACGCCAUGAUGAAUGAGGCGCCGGGCCCCAUCAACUUCACCAUGUUCCUCACCAUGUUUGGGGAGAAGCUCAACGGCACAGACCCCGAGGACGUGAUCAGGAAUGCCUUCGCCUGCUUCGACGAAGAGGCCACGGGCACCAUCCAGGAGGACUACCUGCGCGAGCUGCUGACAACCAUGGGCGACCGCUUCACAGACGAGGAGGUGGAUGAGCUGUACAGAGAGGCCCCCAUCGACAAGAAGGGCAACUUCAACUACAUCGAGUUCACGCGCAUCCUCAAACACGGGGCCAAGGACAAGGACGACUGAGAAGAGCUCCACUGCCCUCCGAGUCCUCCUUGUUGCUACUUUGGGUAUUUCCGAGAUUUUCUCCUAGAGCCUGGUACAUGCUUAUAGCCCGGCAGCUUUCGCCUUUCUUGUUUUGUAUUUAUUCUCAGCCCUUUUGGGGCACAUGUAUCUUUAUAAUCAGACUGGAAAUGUUAUUUUCAGAACAGGAGAUAGGGUAAUUCACUUACCUGUGAUCCUCUUCCCCAGUAACUGUGGUCUCUACAGAGUCAAUAUAUUUUUUCAGAGAAAGUUAUUCACUCAAUUUUUUCUGAACCAUAAUUAAACUUUAUGAUAAAA